UGCUGCUGGGGUUUGGUUAUAAAAGACUACCAGCAGCUGUACCGCAUGUUUUGAUCGUCAUUACGUGUCGAAAAUGGGUACCAAAGGGGUGAUCGUUAUGCUGCUGGUUAUCGUCUUGUUGGGUGUGCUGGACGGCGUGCGGAGUUCUCCUGUGUUGGAGGUUAGCGAAAGCUCCAACCAGGAUGUUGUAGCAACUGGAAGGCAGCGAGGACCUUUUCAUUCUGCAAUUUACCCAUUCGGAUGGGGCUGGGGCAUUGCCGCGUUUGUGAUCGCGAUCGUGAAGGGUGCCAUCUGGCUCGGCAUCAUCAUGCUCUGGGCGUUCUUCAAAGGCUUCCCGGCCAAGCACGGCUGUGCGCCGAUCAUUCUGCGCGAAUCCGCCCCGUACUACCACGAUCACCAUCACGAUCAUCAUGAGGAAAUUAUUUGGGACAAGCCACCAUCAUUCCACCACGGUCGUUCGAUCCGUGAGGCAGUACGGCCGGGUGAAGAGUCCGAUUUGUUGCUGACCGACAUGAUAACUGAUCUGGCGUUCAGCUUCCUGGGCGUUCAUACCACGGACUGUCGCAAGCGGUUCGUGUGUGAGAUUGAUGUGCGGGCAAAGAAUGACUUCCUGCUGAAGCUUGGUACGCGCAUGCUCGGGGUGGAUAUCUUCCGCAAGUACCGGUCGGCAGAUGAUAUUGCAGCUGGCAGUAUGGAGCAGUGUGCCGAGAUUUAUUCCACGUGCAAGGCACAGGGAAGCUCCAUAACGAUGAACGUGUUUGAGGGACCAAUGCAUGGAUCGAUUGAUGAUUACGAUGAGGCGAUGGCAGAUCAGGAUCAGCACCAGCACCAGCAGGAGAAUGGAGUGGACAGCUAA